CUAAUAUAUGAAUUUAAAUUCCAUUUAUUUGACUGCAGAAGGAAAGACCUAGAUGAUAAAUGCAUUUCAUUAAUUAUUGCAUUAUUAGCUUACCAAAACACUAUGACUUUUGGUUAUGAAUAAUAAUAUUCCAGCUAGUGUUCACUGACUCAGCUAAACUACAAUUAAUCAACUUUAAUGUAAAUAUUUCCAUGGACUUUGAGAUGAUAUUUCUACCUAAUUUGUCACUUUUUUUGGUAAAGAAAUUAAAGAAGAAGAAAAGACAAAUAUUUGAUUUCUACGGUCAAACAUCUAUUUAAAUUCAAAUAUGUGCUAGAAAGUCUGACGUUUAAAAUAAAAUGCUUCUCAAAAAAGGCGACUCAAUCAUGGUGGUAUCAUUUAAUUUUUUAUUAUACUUUUGCAGGCAUGUGAGUGAAACAAUAUUAGAACAUGGUCCUUCAAAGAGCAGCAAACAAAUAGACCCUGGAAGUGAUAAAUUCCCCAAUUACAAAGCAAUAAUCAAUGCAUAUAUUGCUGAAAAUAAUAUAUAUUGCUAUGACUACCAGGAAGCACAAGGAAGUUUAAGUAGUGGAAUGACAAAGGAAGAAGAAGAAGAUGAUGGUGGUGGUCCAAUUAGUAGCGAAAUUUGUGAGUUUCCACAUGAAAGGGAGAUCAAUUUUUGGCCUUUGAAUGAUUAUAAUCAUCAAAAUUCCCAAAAUGAUUCCUCCACAAAGCAAGUUUUGAAAUCUACAAAGGACGAUCCUCACGUUAACCUAGACUUAUCUAUCUCUUCAUGUUUCUAUUGUUAAAAUAAAAUUAUGAUCGUCUGAUUGGUGGGAUAAGGAUAAUAAUCUUGAGAUAUUCUAUGACAUGAAAUUAUUUUAUUCUUC